ACAAAAUAUUCAAUAACUAAACAAUAUCAUUUCAUUCAUCCAACAUAUGCAGUAAUACAAUUUUAAUAUUAAUUAAGAUACACCGAAUUCAAACUUCAAGUGAAAUUUAUUUUUUCACUGAGGGUGAGGGUGAGGGUGAGGAUGUUGAUUUUUCCUUCAUUUCAAACUCAAACCGCUACCCUCAUGCACACCCACGUAGAAAACUUCGAAGUAAGGCAUUAUUUUUUGUGUUAUUAUACUCUCAUGUAAAAUUUAUUAUAUAAAGAUAAGAGUAUGGCGGUCCUUUUGGUGUUGGAGAUGAUAUUACUUAUCUUUUCGUACUCCUUCAAAAGAACAGACAAAUAUAAAUUAGUCUCAAACAAUAGCUCGUUAUUUUUUUUUGGUUUGCAAAUCUUGUAAAACACAAUAUGCACAACAACCAGAGAGAUAGAGAGUUUGUCUUUGAAAAUAACCGACGACAAAAAUGGUGGCAUCAUCGUUGGGUUAAAAUCAUCUGCAUGGCUUUUAUACUUUUAACAAUUUUUGUAGUGACCCUCUCUCUAGUGUUGAAAUUCGUCGUUUUUGCACCUACCAAGUCAGAAACCUCUACUACCACUACAACAUCACCACUAACAUCUACAUCAACAUCAACACUAUCACCGCUAACAACAAUGACAUUGACUACAGCAUCAACAAUAACUACCAUUACUGCCCAGCAGUCAGGAUGGUCUAAUACUGGCAACAUGAGUAUUGUUGGUGGAUAUAAUCUUGAUGAUGGUUAUCUAAAUAGUAGUGAAUUGUAUGAUCCAUCAACAGGAACUUGGACAGCUACUGGUAAUAUGCAUAUCGACCGAUAUCAUCACACAUCAUCUGUAUUACCAGAUGGAAAAGUAUUAGUUGCUGGUAGAUUUAGACAUGGUUCUUGGAUAAAUAGUAGUGAAUUGUAUGAUCCAUUACUAGGUAAUCGGUCAGUUACUGGAAGCAUGUAUUAUAAACGAGAGUGGCACACAGCAUCGGUUUUAGCAAACGGAACAGUAUUAGUUACUGGUGGAUACGAUGGUAAUGCCAUUCCAGAUAGUGCUGAGUUAUAUAAUCCAUCAACAGGCAAUUGGACACUUACUGGUUACAUGAAUGAGCCACGAUCCGAUCAUACAGCAUCUGUAUUAACAAAUGGAAAAGUAUUAGUUACUGGUGGAUGUUAUGGUGAUUGUGGAAAUAGUACUGAAUUGUAG